AUGACUUCAUACAAUCUCAAAUUUGCCUUCACACAAGCUGGUCUUGCCGCUCUUGCCUCAGCCCAAGAAAAAGUUUGUGUCGUAAAGAGUGUCAAUGGAAAGGUCUCAAAUGUAGUAUGGGUAACCUUCAAGCCCUUCUUGAAUAAUUCUUUAGAAUGGGUCGAAAAUUAUGGACUAUACUCAUCCUCUUCUCAAAUCCAGAAUGGUGCUACCAUCCAAAGAAUCAGUAAUGUCAAGAGCGCAGCCAAGGGACACCAAUACCCAUUCCUCCCAGCUGGUUAUUUCGAUCAAGCCAACAGCGUUGCAACCAAGGGAUACGGUAUUGUGAACAACUAUGGUGAAUCUCUUACUUUUGGUCUCACCCAAACAGCUCUUGUCAACGGUGUCCAAGUCGACUCUGAAUUGAAUGCCACCACAGUAUUGAACAAUCAAAUGGCUGAAUACAAUCCAAUUGUUACCCUCUCUGUCUAUGUUGCAGCAUCACUCAACAAUGGUAGUGUCAUCUCAAGCAUCACCGGUCAAUCAUUGACCCUUACCUACACUUCUGAUACCUCCAAGACUGUCCACUUUGAUGACAACAGCAGUAUGUUUGUAGAAGGUGAGAUUCCAACAAACUAA